GAGAAACCCUCGUUCCUUCCUAUCCUCCCUCCCAUGGCGGGGUCGUCCGAGAACGCCGCCGCGGCGCCCGCGCCCGCGCCACCUGCCGCUCCAGCCCCGGCCACAGUCCCGUCGUCGGCGCCGAAGACGUCCCCGCCUGCCAGCUCCGGGAUCCCGCCGCUGUACGACCUGGACGCCAAGUGGGACGCCUGCCUCGACCUCUCCAUCCGCCACGUCGCCUACUCUUCCCUCGCCGGCGCCUUCGGGGGCCUCAUCCUCUUCCGUUUGCCCUUUAUCAUGCCUUACCCUUGUAUGGCCAAGAUCCAGGACAAGGAGGGCAUCCCACCGGACCAGCAGUGUCUCAUCUUCGCUGGCAAGCAGCUUGAGGAUGCAUGGGUGCACUCUGGCUGA